AGCCUCGAACCGCUGAUUGGGCGGCGCUCCCCGCGGCGCGGGCCCGCAGCCGGGCGCCCCGCACAGCCCCGCGCCAGCGGCCGCCGCACCCAGCCGCGCCGGCGAGGACAUGGGCUGCCGCGGUGCGCCCGCCCCCCGCGCCGAUGUGAAUUAUUAAAAAGAAAAUGGCCCAACGGAGCACUGUAUUUCCUUCUCUUGUCACCGAGGAAAGGCGAGUUAGAACUAUGCCCCGACACAACCAGUCACUGAGCAUGGCACCCUACUCAUCUGUAAGCCUCGUGGAGCAGCUGGAAGACAGGAUCCUGUGCCAUGAGAAGACGACGGCCGCACUGGUGGAGCACGCCUUCCGCAUCAAAGACGACAUCGUCAACAGCUUGCAAAAAAUGCAGAACAAGGGGGGAGGCGACCGCCUGGCCAGGCUGUUCUUGGAAGAGCACAUCAGGAACAUCACCGCCAUAGUGAAGCAGCUGAACCGGGACAUCGAGGUGCUCCAGGAACAGAUCCGGGCCAGGGACAACAUUAGCUACGGAACUAAUUCUGCCUUAAAGACCUUGGAGAUGCGGCAGCUCUCAGGUUUGGGAGAUCUUCGAGGAAGAGUGGCAAGAUGUGAUGCCAGCAUAGCCCGACUCUCUGCUGAGCACAAGUCGACCUAUGAGGGGCUCCAGCACUUGAACAAAGAGCAGCAGGCUGCCAAGCAUAUCCUGGAAACGAAAAUCAAAGACGCGGAAGGACAGAUCUCUCAGCUUUUGAACAGAGUGGAUUUGUCAAUAUCAGAGCAAAGCACCAAACUGAAAAUGUCCCACAGAGAUAGCAACCACCAGCUGCAGCUCCUGGAUACUAAAUUUAAAGGUACAGUUGAGGAACUCAGUAAUCAGAUUUUGUCUGCACGGAGUUGGUUGCAACAGGAACAAGAACGAAUAGAAAAAGAGCUUUUGCAGAAAAUUGACCAGCUUUCCUUGGUUGUGAAAGAAACCAGUGGAGCCAGUGAGAAGGACAUGGAGAAGAAGCUCAGCCAGAUGUCAGCCAGGCUAGACAGAAUAGAAGAGAGUCAAAAGAAGAAUCUGGAUGGGCAGAGAACAAAGCAGGAAGAGGAGAAGGUGCAUGGGCGAAUCAACAAGCUGGAGUUGCAGAUGAGUGAGGACAUGAAGGAAAUGAAGGCGGAAGUUCAUGCUGACCUGUCAACAACCUUGCGUCUUCAUCCAUGGGCCUCAAAUGAGCUUUGAACUCAAAACUUCCUUCCAGCUUGGUCCCUCUCACGGAUACCUUCCCAGGCCUGUACUGAUAAUAUGUUGUCCCUAAACGAGAUGAAUAAGCUCCGAAGAUCUGCUGUAUAGCCCUGUAUUGUCAAC